GUGCAGUUUGGGAUUUUGGAGAGGAGGAGCGCGCACUUUUUCCUCAUUUCACUACUACGUUACCUCGCUGUCACGUUCACGCUUACAUCACGUCGUCGCAACAUCUGGCCGCCGUAUCCAAACUAUACAAUACCUGGCACUUUUGGCUGCUCUACCGCGAUUAUCUUGCCAUUGGUUUUCUGUGUGACCACCAACCAUGUUGAUCAUUUUAGCCCUUAUCAUCCUCUUCCAUGUCACUUCAGUGAUAUUACUCUUCACAGCAACCAUCAGAAAUGCAUGGUGGGUUUCGAGUACAUUCUCCAUGGAUCUCUGGUACAACUGCAACACUACAGACUGUCAUGAUAUACCAAACAGUGCAAAUUAUGAAGGAGCUUAUCUUCAGGCUGUGCAGGCCACCAUGAUUCUGUCCACUAUCUUGUGCUGUCUGGGCCUCUUCGUCUUUAUUCUUCAGCUCUUCCGUCUGAAGCAGGGCGAGAGAUUUGUCUUCACAGCAAUCGUUCAGCUCAUGUCCUCGCUCUGUGUGAUGACCGCCGCAUCCAUCUACACAGCAGAGCACUUGACCCACAAGAGCGAGGAGUCUAAGGCAGGGGAAUAUGGGUACUGCUUUGUCUUGGCCUGGGUGGCAUUCCCUAUGACGCUGCUCAACGGCUUGAUGUAUCUAGUGUUAAGAAAACGCAAAUAAAGCACAACAACACUCCACCUUACUAGCUGCCACCGGCUAAAGCCUUAGCGAAGAGACUUUAUUUGUAAUGAUUCUUGUUUUUUUAUUAUGUAGAUUAAAUUCAUGCCAAAGUUAAAAUGAAGAAUAGAUAAACAUUUAAUCAUUGCAUACUGGAAACAUAAUUAGAUUUUCUUCAUGGUAGGUUAAGUAGUCUUUUAACCUUGUGUGUAAUUUUGUUCUGCUAGCCCCUCUGGCAAAAAAUAGGCUGUGAUUUAGAAGGGUAAAAUAGGGUGCAGAGGAAAGAAGAUAAAUGUGGCAGGUAUCUGUAAUGAGUAAUAUUUAUAACAUGAAACCACUAAAGGCUGGACAACCCACCUGUCCUUAAGGCCUGCAAGUUUUCAUAAAAAAACACAUUGGCCUUAAUACUAUGGCCUGUUUUGCACUGCACACGCAAGCGGCACGUAUUCAUUUCGCUGACCACAUUAACAGAUUACAGCAGCAUGGUGGUGCGGAGUAAGUUGAACUUCAAAAUAUGUUGAAAAAUGUAUCAAUGUUUUUAUAAUGUAGGCUUUUGUGACAGUGCUUUACUUGCAUUGACUUACAUUACAUGCUGCUAAAGCCAUCGGUGUGAAUCAGGCCUUAGUGUGUGUGUUUGUGUGUAGUAAAAAUGUUUCCUGGUCAUUACAGCCUGACUGUACAUGGAAAAUGAAUUAAUAACAACAACAACAACAACAUAUGACAUUAUAUUGUGCUGCCAAUUUGCUGAGCACUAUAUCAUACUUGAAGCUGAACAAAUUGUCAAUAUUAGUGGCACAAUGUGUUCUUGUGUAUAGCUAUUUUGUAAAAUAGUCUUUUAGUGUUGACUAGUUAUAUAUUGCAUGUUUUUAUUUGCAACAUUUAGUUUGAAAUCAAUAUUAACGCAAGUACAAAUUUUAAUUCCUUUAGCAUCAUAGUAACUAAGCAUAAUUGGGCAUAUAAGAAGUCAUGAUAAUAAGAUUUUAAGAUGGUGUUGAUGAAGGACACCAAUAGUUACAGUUUUCCCAGUCUGUUAUAAUCUUUUCAUUAUCAUAUCCUUUAUGGAAAAAGCAAUUAUCUAAAACUAAAUGCGCAAAAGUAAAAUUAAGCUGUAUUUAUUAAGACUAACUGCAUUGUCGCUGUUAAUAUUUGUUGUUAUGAAGUAUUAUUUCAACAGGCCUAAAUGUCUUUCUUUCGCUUGAGAUGGUUUAAAUGAACAUUAGUGAAGGUUUUAAUCAUUGGAAUGAAACUACAAAUGGCAGCUUUUUUCUUUUUUUUAAAUGUUUGCUAACUUGUUCAGGUCUGUUUUGUUUCUGAAGACUGACCCCACCAAGGUCUCAAUACUUCUUUUUUAAUCAAAUAAAUGUAUUUUACAUUAAAGAAA